AUGAGCGACUUGCAAGAGGAAGCUGACGCCUUCAACGGCAGCAACAGCAGCAGCAGUUCCGCAGAGCAGCAGCAGCAGCAGCAGCAGGAGGAACUUGACGAUGCUGGUAGCAGCAAGAUUCAGGUGUAUCUGCGGAUGCGCCCCAUGGAGGGGCGUUGCUGGUGGCACCGCAUCGGCGGCUCCGAGCAGCGAACGUUGAUAACGACUCUCCCUCGAGCUGACGGUGCAGGCAGCGCCAGCAGCAGCAGCAGCAGCAGCAGCAGCAGCAGCAGUGGGGGCGCUCUGAAUAACAUGCGGCAGGAAUACAGGUUUCACUUUGAUGGAAUAUUUGAUGAAAACGCAACACAAGAAGAGGUGUUUCGCGGCGUGGCUCUGCCUGUUGUGAAUGACGCUCUCAGAGGCAUCAACGGCACGGUCUUCGCUUACGGCCAAACAGGAACAGGAAAAACCUACACCAUCACCGGAGCAGCAGAAGCAUUUGAAUUGAGAGGGAUAAUACCCCGCGCCUUGGCGCACGUCUUUGAUUUCGUUGCUUCCUGCACUACCCAGGAGUUUUCUCUCGCCGUUUCUUAUCUUGAAAUAUACCAAGAUAAAGGAUACGAUCUGCUUAUGAAGGCCGAGAAGCAGAACAGCAGCAGCAGCAGCAGCAGCAGGAACCUUGAAGAGUUGAAACGGGUACAUGCAGUAGCUGACGAGCAUGGCAACGUGUGUUUGCGAGGCUUGUCAGUGAAUCCCGUGCGUACAGAAGAAGAAGCAUUGAAUUUAUUGUUUAUAGGGGAUGCAAAUCGUAUAGUUGCUGAGACACCUCUGAACGACUGCUCUACGCGUUCACAUUGCAUCUUCACAGUGUGGAUAGCGAGCAAGGAAACAGGCAGCAGCAGCACGAAGAAAGCAAAGCUACAUUUAGUAGAUCUCGCGGGAUCUGAAAGAGUUAAACAAUCAGGAACGAGACCCGGUGAUUGUAUAUUUCAAGAAACCUGCAGCAUCAACUUAACAUUACACUACCUUGAGCAGGUGAUCGUUGCGCUGCAGCAGAAAGCUGCAGGCCAAGCAACACAUAUUCCUUAUAGAAAUUCUCUUAUGACUUCUGUAUUAAAAGAUUCAUUGGGGGGGAAUUGUAAAACAAGAAUGAUAGCUACUGUUGCUCUUGAAUUGUUUGCUAUUCAUGAAACCAUCAAUACGUGCAGAUUUGCACAAGCCGUAGCUCAGGUACGAAACGCAGCAGAAAUAAAUGAAGAAGAAGAACCAGAGGCUAUCAUUAAGAGACUACAAAAAGAAAACGAAAAACUUAGAGGACAACUGCAACUUGCUGCUGCUGCUGCUGAUGCAGCAGGAGAAAGCGCUGAAUUCACAGAAGAAACAAAUGCAAUAUGCAGAGACGCAGUUGAACGCUUUCUCUUGGCCGAGGGUACAGAUGCUCAACUGCCCGUCACUGCAGCACGAGAUCUUCGUUCUGCUGAUCUUUGCUUUCGAAUUAUGAGAGAAAAAUACAAAGAAAUAAAAGCAGAAACGACAGAUAACAACGGUGGACGCUGCAGACGCAAGGAAUGCAAGGAGGCGCUGCAGCGCCUCCAGCUGCAUGUAGAACAACGCGACGCCGAAAUCGCAACUUUACUAGGAAUUAUACAUCAAAGCUCAGACCCUACAUGCAACAGCAGCAGCAGCAGCAGCAGCAGCACUCACGCGCGCUGCUGUUGA